AUGAUGAUGUCGGGUACGAUAAUUUUAUUAAUUAACACACUGUACAUAUUUUCGUAGCACAUUUGGUUAAAACGCAUAUUUUUGGGUGAAAUGAUAUGGGUUGUUUCUUGGGUUUUCGACGCACAACGACUAAAAUAUCGUUGUUUACCAUCUAUAAACUAAAGAUAACCAAAAAUCUAUACCUGAUGCCCCACCCCCCUCUUUAAACGUUAAAUUCGGUUCUACCUAACUUACUAAUUUAUUUCAGAAUUUUCUAUAAAAAUUCCACUUUGAGUUAGGUUUGAAGACGCACGGCUAAACCCGAAUGAUUCAAGUUCUAGGUCUAGUGUUAGUUCUAGUAUUAACACAAAGUCUAUUAACACACAGUCUAUCUAACGACAGGUAGUCAGUCGUUAUGCAUCGAAAACCUUAGAAAAACAAAGAUGUUUCAUCCGAUAAACAAAAAUUAAUAUGUAAAUGUCAUCUAUGUCAAUAUUGCUUUACUAUACUCAAAAAUGACUCAAAAUUUUGAUUAAAUACGUCAAAAUUUUGAUUAAUUUCGUCAAAAUUUUUCGUUUUUGUCCAUAAUUUUAAAAAUCAAAAAAAAAAAAAAAAUAAAAUAUAAAAAUGAGAGAUAAAUCUGAGAGAUAUGUGGAUGAUUGUAAGAAAAAAGAAGAAAGUAUACAUGAAAAUGAAAAUCCGGAACCAUCAGUUGCACCUAAACCACAACCCAUUAGAGUAAAAAUGACAUCGGGGGACCCAGUAUUAGAUGCUCAUAUACGGGAAUGGUUAGCAUGGGACAAAAAUAAAACAACCCUUGAGCAAAUAAAACAUUUAGUACGACAUAACGAGUUUAACCAACUUCGUUUAAUGUUUAUGAAUCGAUUACAAUACUCGAUAUACGGUUUUAAAGGACAUAUGGAAGCUGGGUAUAACGCAAUGAAUGAUAUCUUUGUUGUGCAAUGUGGUCAAGGUUUAUUAAGAUACCUGGAAACGAACGAAUGGAAAAAAUUAAAAUCAGCUGGAAUUGUAAUUGGGCACGAUGCGCGUCACAAUAGUAAAAGGUUUGCUGAACUGAUAGCAACGAUUUUUGUUCAAAAAAAUUAUCCCGUUAAAUUGUUCAAUGUGGUAGUUCCUCGUAUUCUGGUUGUUAAAGCUAUUAUUAAAUACAGUUCAGCAGCCGGUGUUAUGGUUGGACUCAGUACAGGUUCAAGCAAUGAAAACGGACUACAAAUUUUUGAUUCGUUUGGGGUACAAUUCGUGCAUCCCAUUGAAUCAGAACUUGAAGAUUGUAUAAGAAAUAGCUUGGAACCGCAAUCAUUAUCUUGGGAAACGACGAUAUUGAGCAAUUCGGAGUUAAGAACGAAUCCGCUGGCGGAUGUUUUAAAAGAGUAUUUGGACUCGAUUUCUGAAUAUGCCAUGCACGAUUAUAGAGAGAUUAAUAAAAAAUCUUUAUUAAAAUUCACUUAUACAGCUUUGCAUGGGGUUGGUUUUAUUUAUAUGGCUCGUGCUUUGGACAUUCUUCACGUUCAUUUGGUUCCAGUUGAAACGGAAAAAUAUCCACUCCCUGACUUUAGUAGUAGUAGUGUACCGGACUUCAGAGGUGAAAUAAGACUACACAGAGCUGUUCAAGUUGCUAAAGAGCAACACAGCGAUUAUAUUAUUGCCAAUAAUUCAGAUUGUUCUCGUGUGGUUAUCGCCGAGAGAAGACCAAAUACCAAUGAAUAUAAAUUUUUUAACGCCGAUGAAAUAGCUUUGUUGUUAGCUUGGUGGAAUUAUCAUAUUUAUCAAGAUAAUGUCCAUACGCAACGGGAAGCAUCAAAUUUAUUCAUGGUCGGAAAUAUUUUUAAUACAAAAUUGAUUAAACAUAUGGCUAGAAUUGAUGGAUUUUAUUUUAUGGAAACGUUUGGUGGAAAAUGGCUAGGACAUACUGUAAAACAAUUAAUGGAUCAAGAGAGACCCGUAAUUUUUGCAUACGAUGGUUAUGGUUAUAUUGUAAAUCCUUUAUCAUUUACGAAUGAUGGUCUUGGAGCCGGAGCGCAAUUGGCAACUUUGGUAAAUUACUUAAAUCAUCAUCACAUAACUUUGGAAGACCAUUUAGAGGAUAUGUAUAAACAAUAUGGUUAUUACACGAGUUUAAAGUUUUAUUUUACUACUGAAAGUGUGGAAGAAACUAACGAGAUAUAUAAUCGAAUGAGAUAUCAUAAAGAUGUUCAAGAGUAUCCUAAAUCAAUGGGAAAUGGAAAAUAUGUAAUAAGAUUUAUUCGGGAUUUAGCAAACAAAUUAGAUACAGCGGAAGAAAAUAAAAGAACCACUCUACCUGAAGAUCCCAACGUGGAAUUAUUAAGUUUUAAAUUUGAUAACAACACAGAAACUACUUUGUAUAAUUACAAAUUAACCCCACUAUAUUUAAAACUUCACACAUCGAUAUGGGGACCAGGAAACACUCCAGAAGAACAAGAACAAUUAAGAACAAAUUUAAACGAUACAACCAAUGUAUUCAUCAACGAGUUUUUGGAGACUUUAAAACAUCAAUUAUCCAAAAAUAUGGGGAAAUGAGAUUACCAAAUAACGACAAAAGGAAAAAUAAGAAAAACACGUGUCGGUGGAGUAAUAAAAAAAUUAAAUUAUCCCGAUUAGUGGCUGGAGUUCAUUUAGUUACACCAGUUAGCUAAUUGCGCAAAAUGCAUCCGCAAUUAGUUUAUUAAAAAGGCAACUGAAAAAAUAAAAAACAUCAGGAUGCCGCUAAUAAUCUAAUUUGCGCUAAUUUCGUUCCCCCAUUAACGAAUUUUACUCGAUGGAAUAUUAUAAAUCAGCUAUUUAUCGAUCAACAAAAAAAAAUGUAAAGAAACGACAAAUAAAAAAUCAAAUGAGAUCUU